CUUUAAAGCAAAUAGUAUAGACAAAGUUCAUGUGUCCAGACACUGUGAGUCUGUUAGUGAAGUUCUUAGAAAGAAGCCGAGUCGAGUCACAUAAAUGACUGAUGACCAUGCAAGGCCGUUCAGGAGGCGCUCGUCCCGGCCAUCAGACUCUCCUUUGAUGGGAUUGAGGUUGAUUUCGUGUAUGCUGAACCAUUCAUGCCGGUGGAGCAUUCAUGCCAACACGGAUCUCCUCAGUGAUGAGUUUUUGGAGCACCUCGAUGAGCGCUGCAUCAGCAGUCUGGAUGAUAAGCAUCACAUGAAAGAACCCAGCUGCUCACAAAUCCUGCAGCAUCAGUACCUGACAGCUGCACUCGUCAGGGAUGUUUCUGUGAUGUAUGACAGCUCUGUGUAUCUGUGCUCCACCCUUUUUGCUGUGACUUUCUAUGUUAACCUGUGUGUUCUUCUGUUUUUUGUAGGCUACAGAGUUACAGUGGAGAUCCUCCAUCUGGUGCCUCACAUCCACACCUUCAGGCUGACUCUGAGAGCCAUCAAGCUGUGGGCCAAACUCUAUGGCCUGGCAAAGCUCUCCAAGGUCUAUCAGGAGGGGGUGAUCGUAUCUGCAGAAUGCGUCAGGAGGGAAACUCACAGCUGGCAGAUUCCCAACAGAGAGCAGAGAAGCGUUUUCAGGCCAACACUGAAGCCCACAGCGAGGCACCAACGCUCUGCGGCUGCAGGAGCUUCUGACGCAGCAGCUGUCAGCACAGGCUGACCAGCCGCAAAGACAAAAGGCUGGUCUGAGUCCGUGACGCCCGCUAAGAGGCGCAGAGCCGACGAGGAAUCAGUAUCUGUGACAACGGCCUCAUCUGCUCCAGCUCACCCUCCACGUUUUCAACAGCCACAACAACUGCAGCCUUUUCACCAAAGAAGUUUAACAUCACUCAGGACACAGCUCCAGGGACAAGAGGCACCACUUGUGAAGAGUCCUCUACAGAUCCCCUACGCAGUGAGAGUCCACCUCCCAGUGCCGACUCACACAGCAGGAAGAGACCGGCUGCUCCUGAGUCUGAGCCUGCCAAGAGAUUCAAAAUUGAACUGACUGUCCAGCUCUCAGACGCGUCCGUCCCCACCAGGCUUGAUGUUGUUCUGAAAUGUACCAUCAACAUCCAGCUGCUCAGUGGGCCUGCAUGCUGCAACUGUGGCCCAAGAUCCCCUGCAGUUACCAUGUGUUACCACAGGGAGGCGCUGCACAAGUCUUGGUGUUGGACCAGCUGUAUGCUAGCAGCAGGAUUCUCUGCUCCCCUUCUCACCUCUGCACAGUGUUUGGGUUCAACCAGUGGCAGCAGCUGUGGGGACAUUUAAGAGUGAAUGAUUAAUCAGAAGUGAUGAUCAGACUGGCAGGAGACAUGAAUUAAUGUUGUGAUCCAGUGUUGGUGUCUCAAGGUUGACGAGGAACCGAAGAGUUAAAGACUUGUCCUACGCUCCCACAAUGCACCUUUAAACUGUGCUUUCAUUGCAGCUUUAGCUUUUCUUUGCUUUAUAUGUUAAAUCUGUCCUACCAUGUAUGCUUGACACCAGCAAGCAUGUGUGAGCACCCUGUAACACCCAACCUCAUGCAGACACAAAGGUGACUCAUUUUAUUAGAUGUUGGACAAGACAAACUGGUUUUCCAGUAUCCCACAAAGACAUGGAGAAUAUUCCAGGCGUCAGGCUCAUUUUAAUAUUCACUGGUUACCAAGCUUACUGAACUGUCCGGACAUUCAGCAAUUACAGCGCCCUCACAUCACCGUUGUUUUUCCCCCAGUUACAAUUUGUAUUUCACUUGAUAUUAUUAUAAACUACAGGUAUUUGUUCCCCCAGGUAAAGUGUGGCAUGGCAGCAGGAAAUAACAUAAAACAUGUUGAAGGCUGGACAUAUUUAACUUUCACAGUGUAUUGUUAAUAUUUCAUGCUCAUUUAUAAUUCGUUAUUACAUGCAUUUGACCUACAUUUACCCAACAAACUGGCCACAGGGCUUUGGAAAGGUGUUACAGUAAUAAAAACACAGGCUGAGC